AUGGCACGACGUUCAGCGAGGCUGCAGAAGCCUACGCCUACACCCGAUAGGAUGAUAAGGGCCGGAUCUAAUGAGAGCUGGGAGACAGCGCAGUCUGAGCAAGAGCAUGAUCAACUACUUGAUCUGCCUUCAGUCGCCGAACUCCCAGAGCCUGUCAACAAGACCCCGCAAAAGUCCACCGCAGACGCGCCCAGGACUAUUCCCAGGCUGCCUGUAGCAAGAGCACCUGGAGCGCAGACACCCUCCGGCAAGAGCACCUCUGCCAAGCUGCUUGCUGCUGCCUCUGCGGCGCGAACGCCCACGAACCGUACGCCUAUCAAGCCCACCGGUGACGAGAUGCAUCCCGCGCUGCACCACGCCAGCACAGCGAAGCCUCUAGACGAAGCGCGCUGGCUGGGAUUCCAGUCGCUUGGAGCCCACACUGCACCGCCCAAGGCCGCUGGUCACGCGCCAGGAACGCCCUCAAAGACCCCCGCGCCUGCGUCUAAGGGUAAUGCCGCCAUCUCAGGCUCGUCGCCCAGUGGCUUCCGCUUCCAGUUCAAGUCUCCCUUCUCCAAGGUCGCCGAAACCUCUAAGCUCGGCGAACUUAGCCCAACCACGCGCAACAUCCUGAAAGAACCAGCUAUCGCCGCGACUCCAGGCCGUGCCAUCUUCGGUGCGAACGAGUUCACUACCAAGGCAGAUGUUACCCCAGCGCGAAAGAAGGCGGAUGCCAAGGGUAAGAUGGCACGUUUCAGCGACAUCCACAUGGCUCAGUUCAAGAAGAUGGACUCUGUUGCGAACCACCCGUCAGCUUGGCGUAUGAAGAAAACGCCCUCAAAGCCGGAUCUAGCUGCGCCGGAGCCUAGCAAGCUGAAGCGCACACAGUCGAAGAUGGAUCUGGCUGAGUCAAGCUCGAAAUCUGCUGCAACGCCGAAACGCACGCAGUCGACAAUCGACCUCACUGGCUCUAGUCUGCCACGUUCACAGUCUACUGUCCGUUUGGUUGCUUCCCAAGAGGGCUCCAACAACCCAGCGCCGAAGCGUGUCAAGCGCACUGAAGUGGACGAUGCCGCAACAACACGCCCAACAUCUCGCGAUGGCAACGCAGAAGCGUCUUCAUCUAAACUUCCUGUUCCACCGCGCAAGAUCACAUCUCAGACCGCACUUCCACGUCUUGCGGCGAGACUAAUGACACCCACUAAGUCUUCGCUGGCUCGCACAGGCUCGCAGACCGUCAAGGCUACAAAGACCACUUCGAUGAUUCCACAGUCUCCUUCUGCGAGGAAUCUGUUCUCGCCAGCUCACAUCAGCCGUUCGCUGCGAGAUGGUGCCCGCGAGAGCAUGCUGCAGGCGAAGCGAAAUUUGCAACAAGUUCGUUCCAUUCUUCGUACUCCUAGUCGCAAGUUCUCCGACGAUCCUGCCAAGAUUGCUGCCGGCACACACAUGUCCCCUCCACCAGAAUCAGCUUGGGACAUGGCUCCUCCUAUGAUCCCAGCUACUGCACCAGUCAAGAAGCAUGUCAAUUUCAGCAGCAGCACGAUUGGUCGUGCUGAACCGGACGAUGUGACCAAGUCGCCUUCGCCUAUGAAGUUCCGUGCUGGCAGUGAAGUUCCUUCUGGUGCCGUCGUCUACCCCAGUCUUGGAGGUCUGAAUUAUCCCAAGCUGCCACAAGGCGAUGCCUCCCCUACAUCGUCCCCUGCUCGCCGUCUCACAUUCGGUGACGAAACUGCAAGCCAGCCGCGCAGCUUCUCUUUCGAGUCAGGCAAGCCUGUCAAUUUUGGUCCGACAACUACAGGCACCAUUCGUAUGGUCCGCAAGAGCGACGCACCCUCUGUUGUCCAAAACACGAAGCGCAAGCUCGAGACCCUCAAGGAGUCGUCGGAGGACAAGGAGAACGAUGAUCGUCUGGAGAACCCUCGUUCUGCCAAGAAGGCCAGGCCGACUCCUACUCCGUCAACACCUGCAAAGGCCACCGCCAGCGCAAGCAAGACACCGCGCCGUACUCCUGGAAGCGCUAUGAGCAAGUCCAGGCUUGCUUUCCUGGCUACUCCUAAGCGGACCAAGGCCUGA